CUUACAACACAACACAACCAAUUCGAAUUGGAAACUGAGAGAUAAUAACUAAACACAAAACAACACAACAGUGACACUUUCUCUUUCGGUUUUCGCUUCUUCAAAACGCACUUAAAUUCUAUUCUAUUCUAUGCUUCAUCAAAGGUCUAUCGGUGUUCUUAAUCGCUUUUUCUAUCACAAACAACACUUCACUUCUACCGUCACUAAAACAAACUCACGAUUCCCUUUCAAAUUUUCACGUUUUACAGCUCCUAAGGUUCUAUCAAUGGCUACAUCUCAUUCCAAUCGACUCGCUUCAGAACAAAGCCCUUAUCUUCUUCAACACGCUCAUAACCCUGUUGAUUGGUAUCCAUGGGGAGAAGAAGCUUUUGCUGAAGCACGUCGCAGAGAUGCACCUAUCUUCUUAUCAAUUGGGUACAGCACUUGUCAUUGGUGUCAUGUUAUGGAGGUUGAGUCUUUUGAGGAUGAGGGGAUUGCCAAGUUGUUGAAUGAUUGGUUUGUUAGCAUUAAGGUGGAUCGAGAGGAACGACCCGAUGUUGAUAAGGUAUACAUGACAUAUGUGCAGGCUUUGUAUGGUGGAGGUGGUUGGCCCCUGACUGUGUUUCUUUCACCUGACUUGAAACCUUUAAUGGGUGGAACUUACUUUCCCCCUGAUGAUAAAUAUGGCCGACCUGGAUUUAAGACUAUACUCAGAAAGGUAAAAGAGGCUUGGGAAAGUAAAAGGGAUAUGCUAGUUAAGAGUGGAACAUUUGCAAUUGAACAGCUUUCUGAGGCAUUGUCUAGUAGUUCAGAUUCUGGUAAAUUACCUCAUGGUGUUUCUGACGAAGCAUUACGUCUAUGCUCAGAGCAGCUCUCUGAGAACUAUGAUUCAGAAUUCGGUGGCUUUGGAUCUGCACCAAAAUUUCCAAGACCGGUAGAGAUCAACUUGAUGCUUUACAACUCUAAAAAGUUGGAGGAUACCGGAAAGUUAGAUGGAGCUAACGAAAGUCAGAAAAUGGUUUACUUUACCUUGCAAUGCAUGGCAAAAGGAGGCGUCCACGAUCAUGUUGGAGGAGGGUUUCACAGAUAUAGCGUGGAUGAAUGCUGGCAUGUUCCACAUUUUGAGAAGAUGCUUUAUGAUCAAGGGCAGCUUGCUAAUGUUUAUUUAGAUGCUUUUUCUAUCACAAAAGAUACCUUCUAUUCAUCUAUAUCACGGGAUAUCCUCGACUAUUUGAGGAGAGAUAUGAUUGGUCCAGAAGGUGAAAUUUUUUCAGCAGAGGAUGCUGACAGUGCCGAGAAUGAAGGGGAUACACGAAAAAAGGAAGGAGCCUUUUACAUAUGGACCAACAAAGAGGUUGAAGACUUACUUGGAGAGCACGCUGCUCUUUUUGCGGAGCACUAUUACAUAAAACAGAUGGGUAACUGUGACCUAUCUGAAAUGAGUGAUCCUCACAAUGAAUUCAAAGGACAGAAUGUCCUGAUUGAGAGAAAGGAUCCUUCAGAAAUGGCAUCAAAAUAUGGCAUGUCAAUUGAGACAUAUCAAGAAAUUCUUGGAGAAUGCAGGCGUAAGUUGUUUGAAGUAAGGUUGAGGCGCCCAAAGCCACAUUUGGAUGAUAAGGUUAUUGUAUCUUGGAAUGGGUUGGCAAUCUCAUCUUUUGCUAGGGCUUCCAAGAUUCUAAAGGGUGAAGCUGAAGGGAUCAAGUUCAACUUUCCUGUUGUUGGUACUGAACCAGAGGAGUACUUGAGAAUAGCAGGUAAAGCAGCAUCCUUUAUUAGGAAUCAACUUUACAAUGCAGAGACGCACAGGCUAAAACAUAGUUUCAGAAAUUCUCCAUCUAAAGCUCCUGGUUUCUUGGAUGAUUAUGCCUUUAUGAUUUCUGGAUUACUGGAUCUAUAUGAAUUUGGGGGUGAAAUCCACUGGCUUUUAUGGGCCAUUGAAUUGCAGGAAACCCAGGAUUCUUUGUUUCUUGAUAGGGAGGGGGGUGGAUAUUUCAAUAAUACAGGAGAAGAUUCUUCGGUUCUUCUCCGAGUGAAGGAAGACCAUGACGGGGCAGAGCCCUCAGGGAACUCGGUCUCCGCAAUAAAUCUUAUAAGGUUGGCUUCCAUGGGUUCUGGAAGUAAGGCUGAUUAUUAUAAGCGAAAUGCAGAACAUCUAUUGGCAGUUUUUGAGAAAAGAUUGAAAGAUACAGCUAUGGCAGUGCCUUUAAUGUGUUGUGCAGCAGACAUGCUGCGCGUACCUUCCCGGAAGCAAGUGGUAGUUGUGGGUGAAAGGACUUCCGAGGAAUUUGAAAGCAUGCUUGCUACAGCUCACGCAAUAUAUGAUCCCAACAGAACAGUUAUUCAUAUAGAUCCCAACAACAAAGAAGAGAUUGAAUUUUGGGAAGUAAAUAACAGUAAUAUUGCUCUAAUGGCAAAGAAUAACAAUGCAGCCAGCAAGGUUGUAGCUCUUGUAUGUCAAAACUUCACUUGUAGCGCCCCGGUCACUGAUCAUUCAUCACUUGAAGCUUUGCUCUCCCAAAAAGUGUGUGCCAGUUAAAGCUCACUCUUAAAUUGUUCCUGCUUGAUAUGCAUAAUAUUGGUUCUGACUUAUGGAUCAAAUAAAAGUAGAUGUAAUUCUCAAUGGAGUAAGAGGGAUUUGUAAAUAUACUCAAGUCUUUUGCUUGUGCACAAAAGUCCUGAAAUUUUCUUAAAAAAUUAUACAGAAUGAGGAAAGUGUAUAAGAAAAUUUGUUUUCCAAUUAAUCUUUUAUUUUUCUCCA